CGCGGCCGCGGCAUCGGCCCCGGCGCCCGCGGCCCGCCCCCGCCGCCCCGCGAGAACCAGCUGCGCCAGCGGAACAAAGGGGAGGGGGAGAGGCAUGUUGAGGCCCGGUGGUAACCAGCAACAGCAGCAACAACAGCAGCAACAGCAACAGCAGCAGCAGCCCGGCAUCAUCCAGCAGGCGCUCAACUCGGCGUUCAGCUCCAAUACCACCACGACGACGAGCAGCGGCGGCGGCAUCUUCGGCGGGGGCCAACAGCAACAGCAGGCCUUCAGCGGGCAGCAGCAGUUCGGGCAGAACCAGGGCCGGAUGCAGCACAAGGGCGUGCCGCAGGUGGUGCCCAACGUGAUGAUGGGGCAGAACCAGCAGCAGCAGCCGCAGCAGCAGCAACAGCAGCAACAGCAAGGGCCCAAUCUCAUGCAGAAGCUGAACGAGAUCACGGCGCCCGGUGGUGAUAUCCUGUCGAAGGGGAAAGAACUCAUUUUCAUGAAAUUCGGACUGGGCGGGGGCAAAUAAUAAUUUCUUUUGGUUUAAGUGUAGGUAGCUGUUUUUGGAACCGUUUAACGACGCUGAUUUUUUCGAUGAUGGUUAUAUUGAUACUAAUGUUAUAUCGCUAAAGUGUUCAACGCGAAGCAGCUUAUGUGUGAUGUCGUUUCGAUUUUACGGUUGUUUAUUCAUAUCUAUAUACAAUCUAUGUAAGCUGCAAAUAAUCAUUCAGUAUUAUCAUACUUGUGUAAGGGAGAUAUUUAACUUGGAGGUACUGAGUACAAAAGUGACCAAUAUCAUUACUAGCUGUUACUACUUAUUAUCAUUGAAUUGUUGAAUUUGCUUGCUAUUAUUGUUGAUAUAUAUACUACUUUUAUUGUCACGUGAUGAGCGUAGGCGUACAUACCGGCGGGGGCGGGUGCUGUUAGUAUCAAUCAAAGGGGGGUGGGGUUUU